AUGGAUUUGAUUUCGUUAGGAUUGACUCCCAGGAGGUCGAAAAAGAUUUUAAGACUUGUUAACAACAACAGAAUUUCACUUACGAUAAAAAAUGAAUUUGAAAAACUCAAUUCGUUUACAAAAUCCUUCCUUGCUAAUCAGUUAGCAGCUGAAGAACAAUUGAAAGGGAAAGUAAAUGAUACUUUAUUGGAAGCGUUUGAGGAAUUGUAUUACUUGUUUGACUGUGAGAAUUUCAAAUUUGAAAAAGUAAGCUAUGUAAGCUUGACAAAAUUGAAGGCUCUUUAUAAGAAAGUCAAUGGACUCAAUGAUGUGACUACUACUGCAGAGGAGGACAAUCUUUCCAAGACAAUUAUGGAUAUUAUUCAAAAGUACAUUAUUUUAACUACCACUUUAAAGAAUUCUGAUAGUUUGAUCUACAAAACUUUGGUGUUGAAAAGCCAAUAUGUAUAUUGGGAAUCUGUCAACAAUUCUACAGUAAACAAGUUAAUAUAUUUUGUUCAGUCAUCACCAUUUAGAUUUUACAAUUCUGCCCUUGAAAUAUUCAAUAAAACCAAGAAACUUUUGGAAGAUAAUGUGUAUCAAGUUACCAAUCACUCUAUAGGCACAGAAGAAGAUAACUAUAUUUAUUAUUCCUGGAAAGUUGUCAAAAAUCUUUCUCGUGCUAUUUAUAGUACAUUCUCAAAGGCUUUGCAUCAAGACACUCCGUCUAUUGGGUUUUUGAGUAUUGAGAGAAACUCGAUCCAAUGGUACUUAAAUGCUAUCAAGUUUGUUAUCAAAUUCCCUGUUACUGUUGUAAGCAAAGAUGUGCAUUUGAAGUUGAGACAGAUUAAAUAUGAAAUCAAACAUAACAUCAGUAAUAUUGACAUAUUAAUUAAGUGCAACCCCGAUGAUUAUUUGUCUUCUUUGAUGGAUAUCUUGGAUAUUGACAAAGAUAGUUCUAAUCAAGUUUUGCAAGCAAUUGAUAAUACAAUUAAAUUUGAUCAAAAGUCUUACACUGAAACAGCAGAGCCUUCAUUUGCUGUUAGGUAUUGGGUAGUUAUUGCGUUUAUUAUUUUCUAUGGACCAUCUCAGAGUAGAAAAAUUUAUACCAAUAGAGAUGAAAUAAUUCAUUGGAUUAAAUAUAAUGGCAUUGAACCUGUAGUUGGAUUUUUUAAAAAUUGGGUGGUGAGACCAUUAUACGAUAUGUUGGACAUAUUAAGAAGCGAUAGUGACAUUACUAUAACUACAAAGGACUCAUUGAAAUCUGAUGUUGGUUCGUUGGAGAAUAUGGUUUACGAAUUUGCAAAAGAUAAUCAUAUUGAAACCACACCCGUACAAGUUAGUCAAGAUGUUAAGAAUGGCGAUUUGAAAAUUAUCAUGUCUAGAUACGAAGAUGAAAUCAAAUCCCCUAUCAAAUACUUGAUUUCUGGAUCCUUGUUGCGUUUGAUUUUGAUCCAAAUACAGAAGGGUAAAGUUGAUGGAGCUGUUGCUAUCAAUGGUAUUGACAAAUUAUUGAAGUCACAGCAGUUGGUGUUUGGAAUUGUUUCCAUCAGUCCAUCUAUUUACAUUUUGUACCAAUUGUACCAAUAUUUAACUGCGGACAAGCCAAUUGUAUUGAAUGGGAAACAAUUGAACAUCAUUUGUUUGAAAUGUUUAAACAACAUAGAAAAUUUAUUAAUUUUAUUGGAAUCAGAACAACAUUCAAAUUAUGAAGGUGAGUUAUUAAUUGAGAUUAUAAAUCUUUUGGUGUGUUCCAAUGCUCUUAUCCCACUGGAAUUGAAAGACGAUUGGGUUGAUGAUUUGAAUGCAUUGAAUGAUAGUCAAUACAAUAUUGCUACUAAAUUAGAUUUGAUUCGUAAGAUAUGGAAUAUGUAUGGACCGUACUUUAGAUAA